GACAAUGUUUCCCUUUGUCAAACGUUUCUUUCGCAAAAAAUUCUCCAAGGUUCCUACACCACCUAAAUGGCGACCUAGCAGUACUAGCCACCACUCGAGCUCCGAUCAUGGUUUUGUAGCUAAUAGAUGGGAGCUCUUAAUGGGUGAAAACAAUUGGGAAGGCCUACUAGAUCCACUCGACAAAGACCUCCGAGAAUUAAUCAUCCACUAUGGAGAGAUGGCUCAGGCAGCCUAUGAUACAUUUAUUCGAGAUAAAUACUCGAAAUAUGCAGGGUCUAGCCGAUUUUCAAAGAAUAACUUCUUCACGAAGUUAGGUCUUGAACUAGGUCAUCCCUACAAGUACCGCGUCACCAAGUUCUUUUAUGCAACUUCAGCGAUAGAUGUGCCUGAUGCAUUCAUCUUCAAAUCAUUGUCGUCGAUCGAGCAAUCGAGCAAGGAUACAAAUUUCAUGGGGUACAUUGCGGUCGCAGAAGAUGAUGCUGUGGAAUUGUUAGGAAGAAGAGAGAUUGUGGUUGCAUGGAGAGGGAGUGUAGAAUUCAUGGAGUGGUUAAAUGACUUAAAAUUUUUGCAAGUUUCAGCAUCAGAUAUUCUUGCGCAUGAAGGUUAUGAUGGUGAGCCUGAGCCUGAGCCUGAGGUGCAUCAAGGGUGGCACUCCAUCUAUACUACUGAUAACUUAUCAUCUCCCUUUGAGAAGACUAGUGCAAGAGAACAGGUCCUCACCGAGCUCACGAAACUAGUGGAGCAAUACAAGAACGAAGAGAUCAGUAUAACAAUAACAGGCCACAGUCUUGGCGCAGCCCUAGCAACACUGAAUGCAGCUGACAUAGUCGCAAACAAAAUUAAUCAGCCAAAAAACUCUCCAAAUUCAAAACCAUGCAAAGUAACAGCCAUUGUAUUUGCUAGCCCUCGCGUUGGAGAUGCAAACUUCAAAAAAACACUAUCAAAAUAUGACGACCUUAGUGUUUUACGUGUUCGAAAUGCUCAAGAUUUCGUCCCUAACUAUCCAUUAAUCGAUUAUUCGGACGUCGGCGAGGAGUUAACUAUCGACACUACGCAAUCGGCGUACUUGAAGAACCCAGGUCUUCUUUCAGUUUCACAUAAUCUUGAGGUUUACAUGCAUGGAGUGGCGGGAACACAAGGGAGUGUAGAAGGGUUUAAGUUGGUAGUGGAACGAGAUGUCGCACUUUUGAACAAGUUUUAUGAUUUUUUGAAGGAUGAUUAUCUAGUUCCUGUGGGUUGGUGGGUUGCUCAAUACAAAGGUAUGGUUCAACAGGCUGAUGGUUCUUGGCUGCUGAUGGAUCAUGAAAUGGAAGAUGAAUGAUGGUAAUACCAUUUCAACGUGUUAGCCUCCUACAUAGUACAUCACCAUAUAUAUAUUACAACGUAGGAGGCCAAUAAGUUCUUUCUUUUUUUAAAAUUAUUGUAUAUAAAUUAGGCAACCCAAAAAGUCUUUAAUUGGUACUUCAUUAAUAAGGUAACAUUUUCCUUU